CAGAAAAGACAAAAAACAGUUAUUGCACAAACUCUUUUUUCCCGGGAAACAUCGAGUGGAUAACAAGAAAAAAAAUAUACACUUGAACUUCAGUAGCCCAAAUAGAAAUCAAGAAAACACAUUUUCAAGAUUCUUGUCUCCAAAAUUCAAUCUUUAACGGAUAGAAAUCAUAAAUUUCUGACAAAGCUCAAAUCUUGGGAGUGUUGGUUUAAUUUCUUGAGUGAGGAGUUAUGACUUUCGGGUCUGAAUGGAAGUUCUCUCAAGUCUUUGGUGAACAAAAUCCCCAUGAGGAUGUUCAAGAUUGUGAUAUUUUAUCUGCAAUGGAGUUUGACAAGAAUGGUGAUUAUCUGGCUGUUGGAGAUCAAGCUGGACGUGUCAUGAUUUUUGAGCGGCAGGCUGGUAAAGAAGAUCUCUUUGAGUGCAGUUCUCGGAGUGACUCUGGUCAGUUCAACCUUCCACAAAAGCAGCAUCCUGAAUUUGAAUAUAAGACGGAAUUCCAGAGUCAUGAAUCUGAGUUUGAUUAUUUGAAGAGUGUGGAAAUUGAAGAGAAGAUUAAUAAAAUCAGAUGGUGUACGAAACUCGACAGAUCCUUAUUUCUUCUUACAGCAAACGACAGGACGAUAAAACUUUGGAAGCUGCUACUACGUUUCCACAUUUACUCAAGAAAUAGAGCAUGCGAAAUGGACUAUCCUUUAUAUAUCAAGGAACAGAAAGUAAAGAAAGUUAAACAAAUGGACAUCAAUUCAUCUGUGACUUCAGAGAAUUCUCUUUUAGCUGAUAGAAGUUACAUGAGUGGACAAAGUGAAUCAUCUCAUGUUAAUGGUUACAGUCUAGAAUGGACUAACAAAAUGAACGGCACAUCAUCAUCACAUCUUGCAGAUAUCACAAAUGUGGAUUAUACAAGAUCCCGAAGAGUGUAUGCAAAUGCUCAUGAUUUCAACAUUAAUUCCAUCUCAAACAAUAGCGAUGGUGAGACAUUCCUCUCUGGGGAUGACCUUAGGAUAAACGUAUGGAACCUUGAGGUUAGACAUCAGUGUUUCAAUAUCAUUGAUAUGAAGCCAAAAGAUAUGGAAGAUCUUACAGAGGUGAUUACAUCAGCAGAAUUCCAUCCAUUUCACUGCAAUUUGUUGGCUUAUAGUAGUUCGCGGGGAUUCAUACGUCUUGUGGACAUGAGGAUGUCUGCACUAUGUGAUCACAAUGUGAAAAUACUGCAAGAUGGGAGGAGCCAUGGCUCUAAAACAUUUUUCAGUGAGAUCAUUGCUUCUAUAUCUGACAUGAAGUAUGCAAUGGAUGGAAGGCAUAUUUUAAGUCGCGAUUACAUGACUCUGAAGCUAUGGGACACUCACAUGGAGUCUUCCCCAGUUGCAACAUAUAAGAUUCAUGAACACCUCCGCCCUAAGCUUCCUAAGUUGUACACAAAUGAUGCCAUCUUCGAUAAGUUCGAUUGCUGCCUGAACGGAAACGAACUUCAAUUCGCAACUGGAUCUUACAGCAAUCAUCUUCGUGUAUUUUCGUUUGGAACUGGGAAUGAAAAUGGCAUCACACUGGAAGUCAAAAAAGAAUCAAUUAGAAAACCAACCUCUCAAACUACUUCAAGGCCUCGAAGGUCAUCAUUGAGCAACUUGGCACGAGGAUUUUAUCGCCAAGGACAAGAUCUCAACUCAGAAAAUGAGAUAUCCUGUAACCUGAAGUCCAAGUUGCUCCAUAUGGCUUGGCAUCCAACGCACAAUCUGAUCGCUUGCUCCAGUGGAAGCAGCUUGUUCAUGUACCAUGCAUAAAGUGCUAUGAAGAGGACUCAGAGUCAUAACCUUCCUGUAAAAAAAUCAUAUUUUGUCCCUGUCAAUAUACCGUGUUUGUGAGGUUGGCUGGUCUAAUCUCACCGUUAACAGUCUGCCAUAGGAAGUUUUUAAAAAAAAUUAGCGAUUCCUUUUUAAAAAAUGGAAUUUAUUUUACAAGAUAGCAUACACAGAAGUUUGAUACUUGCAAGUUGCAUAAAUACAUUUUGUGCACAUCUGAAGAAGUAAAGGUGGCAAACAUUUUUGGUUGAUACUGUUACAGUGUUACUUUAUUAUUCAUUUCCUACUUUUCCCUGAAUGUGAUGGGUGCCAGA